AGUCGUGAUAGUCGCGCUGUUACGGUGGGUUGUUUACCUGGCGUUGGCUUGCUGCGUUUGUUUUUGUGCCAAAUACGCAAGAAGCCUUCUAGGAUCGAGUAACGAAAAAAAAAACAAACAAACAAAUAAUAAUUGAAACAGCGCAAAGUCUUGCUGGGUUCACAAAACUGGUGCUUGUGCCAUUCAUGGAAAUGGGGUAACAAAGGAUGGAUUCAGGAGAUGUGUUUGGUCGAGAUGAACAGCAUUUUCAAGGUUACGCUAAAAGGGGGGGUGGAUGGGCGACCUUGGGAGAGGUCGUUCAGGAUGCUGGUUGAACUGUUUUUAGGUUGAGGGAGGCACUCGUUUAAGGUUAAAGGUCACUGCAAAUGUCGCACUAAAUUGAAAGUUAUUUUGAAGUAUUAAAUAACAUUACAGUGCUCACAAAAUUAAAGGUGUAAAAUGUGUGAAAACCUUUCGACAAACCCGCCUACUCAGGUGAGGUCACAGAACCGGGAAAAGCCCCCUCAACCGCUUAUCUUAUCGGCUUACUGAGACCAACGGCUGCACAGAAGGCACCACGUAUCGCAUUCAUGUUGGAACCCAAUUUCCAGUAGCUUCAAAUUCGUCGCAACAGACACUCCGUAAAAUGCGUUCCGUAGCCCUGAUUGCCGUAGUCCUGGCCAUUGUGGCCGCUUUCUUCGCGUCGCCCUCGACGGCCGACAUCUACUCGGAAAUGGCCGCCUGCGCGUGUCCCCUCAGCUACCAGCCGGUUUGCGGAAGUGACAACGUGACGUACUCAAACGAUUGUGUCCUCGGCUGUGCCAUGACCACCCCGACCGGAUCGAAGAUGGCCCUGCGAAAGUUACGCUCCGGAUCGUGCGAAGACCAGGAGUUCUAACCACCUGUUGCGUCGCCGUUGAUAAGCUGGAUUUGAAUAAAAAAUGUGACUGUUUUGUGCGGCUCAGUGAGUGGUUUAUUCAUUUUGUCCUCAGACACUGCGCAAAACGGUUUAAACAGGUUUUGAUGUUUAAUUAAUGUGCAUUUUAUUCCAUUAGUAAACACCGUCAUAGACGGUUCACUUAUCUUUG